AUGGAGAGCGGUGACGAAGAAGUAACCGAGAAACACCGCAUCCACGUGCGCCCCUCCACGCUACACAACGCUGUCCCCGCCACGCUGCACCUGCUGCCCUGCGAGGUCCAGGCUAGCCGACAGGCCCCCGUCGAGGACUUCUUUACACCGGCCAUCCGCCAGCGUUCCUGCGGACUCGAGGUGUCGUUCCGCGGCCGCGUCCUGCGGGGCGAGGAGGUGGUGGUGCCGCCCGGGCUCGCCGGGUACGUGAUGGUGAUGGACGAGAACCACGAUUUGAAUUCGGAGCAGGAGGAGGAGGAGCGGGAGCAGCAGGAGCCGCUGCAGCGGGACUUCGACCGCUCUAUUGGGGCCACUGCCAGUUUUUCCCGCUUCCACCUGUGGGGCCUGGAGACCAUCCCCGGCCCGGACGCCAAAGUGCUGGGGGCCUUGAGCUGGCCCAGCCUCGCUGCCGCGAUUCACGCACAGGUGCCCGAGGACUGA